AUGAUUAGAAGGGUUUGGAGUGGUUUUGGGUUGGAUGGGGUUGAUGGGACAUCAUUCACAUGGGACUUAUUCACAUCAUAUCUCACCAACCGACGCCCCGAUUGCUCUCGUCUCUUUUGCGCUGGGAAGCCCUCAUUCACACCUUUCUUUGGACCCCCUGAACUCGCCAAACGGUCACCUAUUGGCGGCGCUUCGCCUAGUUCAGCCUGGCAUGACCAAGAUGAACAUAUUUCGUCCGUUCUCGGCGAGAUCUUCGUCGUUCCGGUUACGUUCUUUGGGGACUUGUUCAUGUCAUAUCUCGCCGACCGACGCCCCGAUCGCUCUCGUCUUUUUUGCGUUGGGCAGCCCUCAUUCACACCUUUCUUUGGACCCCCUGAACUCGCCAAACGGUCACCUAUUGGCGGCGCUUCGCCUAGUUCAACCUGGCAUGGCCAAAAUGAACAUAUCUCGUCCGCUCUCGGCGAGAUCCUCGUCGUUCCUUUCGUUCUUUGGUUCGUUUUGAAGCCACGGUCAAUGCGCUUCUGGGAAGCCCUUAUACGCGUCAAACGGACGGGCGGUUCUUGUGUUACAGUGCCAUCCCUCCAACAACCAUUUACAGGGGACUUGUUCAUGUCAUAUCUCGCCGACCGACGCUCAGAUCGCUCUCAUCUUUUUUGCGUUGGACAGCCCUCAUUCACACCUUUCUUUGGACUCCCUGAACUCGCCAAACGGUCACCUAUUGGCGGCGCUUCGCCUAGUUCAGCCUGUUAUGGCCAAGAUGAACAUAUCUCGUCUGUUCUCGGCGAGAUCUUCGUCGCCCCUUUCGUUCUUUAG